AUGUUCCCACCAGUCCUGAUCGAUGGCUUAUCGCCCGACAACUUCUUGCCUCAGCUGCGAGCCAUGGCUUUCCAUGAUCGAGUACCAAUCUCACCCCUGGCACAACAAAAUUCACCAGAGCGCACCAGGAAGUUUAACAGCUUUGUCGGAACCCUCCUUGAUCAAGGGAACUUUCAUUUUGUCCCUCAAAACAUUGAUCGACAUGUAGAGGAAUAUAACUUUCUCAACACCGAUGAACUUGGCAUAAUAACCGACGCGACCAAUGUUUUAAUUGACAACAUCCAUGACAUCACUUCUACCCUAUGUGGUUCUCAACAUAUAAUCGCUUACACUCAGAUGCUGUUGAAGGUGAGAGACCCUGAGGUUUCUGUCCACCGUAAGUUAUUCAAGGCGCAACUCAAGAGUUUGCGGGCGCAAUAUAAGCACUUUAUGCACACAUUCAAACGUUACAACAAAGAGCUUGGGGUACUUGGAGCAAUCCUUUCUAAAGAGACCAAACGCACCUGUGAUUUCGAGGAUGCUGAAGCUGGAUCGGCGUCCGAACCCACUGCACCGGCGUCUAACCCUACCUCGUCGUUACCCUAG